AUGGCAGAGAUCAAGCGGCCGGUGGGCCUACUGUUUGACAUUGGAGGAGUGUGUGUUGUAUCUCCGUUCCAGGCUAUUCUUGACUACGAAAUUGCCCAAAACAUCCCACCAGGGUGGGUCAAUUUCAGUAUCUCGCGAACGGCGCCGAACGGUAGCUGGCACAAGCUCGAACGAGGCGACAUCAAGAUGGACGCCGACUUCUUUGCGGGGUUCAAUGCGGAUCUAAGAAACCCCGAGCUAUGGAAACAAUUCCACCAACAACUCCAAAAGAAACAAGGCACACCUGGUUCUACUAUACCUCCACUGCCGACGGUAGAUGCAGAAUGGCUAUUCUGGGAGAUGAUGCGGAUAUCUCGCACGCCAGACCGAUAUAUGUACCCAGCUCUGAAGAAAUUGAGAGAGUCGGGACAGUUCCUAAUGGGCGCUCUAUCCAACACCGUUAUAUUCCCCGACGGACACGAAUACAAUAAUGCAUCGGACGUUAAGAAGCAAUUCGAUUUCUUUAUCUCGUCUGCGCACACGGGACUCCGCAAACCCGACCCGAAAAUCUACCAGGUGGCGUUGCAGGAGAUGGACAGUUUAGCUAAGAGGCGAGGACUGGCCGGAUCUAAUCCCGACGAUGUUGUCUUCUUCGAUGACAUUGGCGAGAACUUGAAGGGGGCGAAGAACGCUGGCAUGCGUACAGUCAAAGUCACACUCGGAAAGACCCAAGAUGCAGUCAAGGAACUGGAGAAGAUCACAGGCCUUCAGUUGCUGGACGAGGACAAGGCACGGUUGUGA